UCAGGGACCUGGCAUAGACAUGUUUGUGCCAUCUCUUUUUGGAGAGCAUAGAGGACAAUUCCCAUAGUAUCCCCAUGAGUCCACAGUAAGCAGGAAUUUCCUACCCCGUGAACGUGUGUGGUUCCAUAUCAUCGUUCCUACUCCUGACCCCAGACGUAGCUGAGCCCCUUCCUGUCCUUGUUCCCCUCCAUCUGCACCACCACAGAAAAGAUCAGAAUUGGGGAAGACAAGGCAAAGAGAAGGAGACAGAAGAUGCAGGCCUCCUGCCCCUUCUACAACCAUGAGCAGAUGGAGCUUCUCCGGGAUGAGAUUCUGCUGGAGGUGAAGGACAUGGAGCAGCCCGUGGCCCUCGGGAAGGAGGCCCAGGCCUGCCCCUAUUAUGGAAGCCGCUUUGCCAUCCCUGCAGCCCAGCUGGUGGUGCUGCCCUACCCAAUGCUGCUGCACGCAGCCACCCGGCAGGCUGCGGGGAUCAGGCUGCAAGGGCAGGUGGUCAUUAUUGACGAGGCUCACAACCUGAUCGACACCAUCACCAAUAUCCACAGCACAGAGGUCAAUGGUUCCCAGCUCUGCCAGGCCCAUUCCCAGUUGCUCCAGUACAUGGAAAGAUACAGGAAGCGUUUAAAGGCCAAGAACCUGAUGUACAUCAAGCAGAUCCUGUACUUGCUGGACAAGUUUGUGGCUGUUUUGGGAGGUAACGUUAAGCAAAACCCUAGUACACAGAGCCUGCCUCAGACAGGGUCUGAGCUGCAGAGCAUCAACGACUUUCUCUUUCAGAGCCAGGUGGACAACAUCAACCUCUUCAAGGUGGCGUCCUCCACUGGAAGUGCUAAGAACGAGCCAGAUGGAGUUCUCCAGAGGCACUGGGAAAGCUUAGACAACAACAUGGCCUCCUGAGAAGCCAGAGAGCAGGGUUGGCAUGGGCAGAAUGUGCAGGAAAAGGAGGCCUCUCUGCACCAGAGACCACACUGGCCUGUAGUCCAGUGUCACGCCAUGUUAAACUCAGAAGAGCCUGAGAUCUCCAGGCAGCAGAAAGAAUCAGAGAGGUGAUCCAUGGCUCCCUGUUGGGCCAGAAGAAACAGGCUACCUUCUGAUCGAAUGUGCGCUCUCCCAGUGUGCGCAGUCCUAAACCCAGCUCACAUCUGUGGGA